AAAUUUGUUGGCGUAAUAAAAUUCGAAAGUUCGUUAUUAAUCAUCAGCAAUAUUUAAAUGCAAAUAAGUGCUUUAAAUGUGAAAUACCUUAUCCCUAACGGAUAAGAAUAAUAUGUAUAUCUUUCUUUAAUCACAACAAAAUAUGGAAGAUUCUGUUAUGGACUCGUUUGAUGGGGUUAUAUUUCAUAAUGUCAGGGAAUAUUGCUCUGCAAAUGAUGUUAUUACCUGUCACUUUGCAGUAAAAGAAAAUUGUGAUAUUAAUGUUCCUAGUGAUUGUUAUGUUGGUUUAUUUCAUGUUGGUUGGAACACCCUAUCCAGCUGUUUAACUAGGAAAAGUUUUACUUUGGUUGAGCAUUUGACAAGUGGUUUAUACAGUUUGGAAUUCCAUGCGAAUGAAACACCAAAAGCAAAUUAUGAUGAGUUUUACCAAUUUUGUUUUUUUAAUGAGAAAACAGAAGUUGUUUUUGGUGCUAGUUGUCCGUUUCAAAUAUGUGAUUUAAAGCAUAUGGAAUCGUUUACCCCAGUAGGUCAUGAAGAUGUUUGGUGGGCUUCUCGAAACCCAAAUCCUGUUGAUGAAGAUGUUGAUGAUACCGUGUUGAUUCACAACAAAACAACAAUGCUGGAAGAAUCAUUAGCCAAAACUGUUGAAGAAAACGAAUUACUGAAAACCAUAAAACAAAAGUUUGAAGCAGAUCUAGCAAAAUGCUGCAUGGAUAAAGAAAAAUACAUAAAGGAAUCAGAAGAAGAGAUGAUCGAGUUACGAGAGAAAGUUAAAUUUCAGCAAGAUCGGUCUAAUAUUUUUGAACAAAGUUUGGCAGAUUCAGACGAGAUCAUAAAUCACCUUAAUGGAAAAAUUAGGGACCUAAAUGAAUAUGUUGCAGAGUAUGCUGAAAAGUUGAAAACCAAUGAAAAAUCAUUUGCAGAAAUUUCGAACGAAUACAAGGCAGUUAUGAUGGAAAAAGAAAUUUUGAUUAACAAAUUGACUGAAAGUAUACAACUUAAUGAAGAAGAAAUUAAGAAAUCUUUGGAUUUAGAAGAAAAGUUUAAGACACACCUCCAGGAAUUUGAAGCCAUAAAAAAGAAGCUGGAGUAUGAAAAGAGUGCUAAUGCUAAUCUUGAAUUGGAGUAUCAAGAUAUGGUAUCAUCCUUUACAAAGCAGAUUGAAGCAUUGUCUAAGGAAAACAGUGAUUCUAAAGAGCUACAUGAUAGAAUUGCUGAUAUGGAUAACAAGUUAAAUGCGGAAAAGAAGAAAAACUCAUCCUUGUUAAUUGAUGUGAACAACUUGGAGACAGCGCUGGAAAAUGCAGAAGCCAAACAGAAAAAAGGACAGCUUACCUUCCAAUCUGAAAAGUCCAGGCUUUUGGAAAUCAUUGAAGAAAGAUCUAAUUUUAUUCAGCAACUGAACAAUGAAAAGGAAGAGUUACUAAAGAAAUUAAAGGAAGAAGAGAAAAAGUGUUUGAAAAUGAUUGAAAAGAAUAGAGAUGUGGUUUCUAAAAUGGAAAGCAAAAUAGAUAAAUCGGAAUCAACUUUUUCUAGUGUGAAAUCGGAUUUGAUAAAGCAGCAGGAAGAAUUUUCUAAGAUAAUUGGGGAAAAAGAUGCAUAUAUUGGUGAGUUGGAAGAAAAUUUGAUAUCUUUAAAAUCCAAAGUUGCUGAAUUACAUGAAGUUAUUGGAGAGCAACAAAAAAAUGCAAGUAAAUCAAUUGCAGAAUUUAAAGCCAAGGAAACUGAACUUCAUCAGCUCCUUGAAGAAUUAAAUUCUAAGCAAAACUUGUCUAAGAAACCUGCUAAGUCACGAAGUAAUGGAUCUCUUCAUGCUCUUCAAAUUGCAACUGCUCAUAUGCAAAAACAAGUAACAAAUUUGAAAAAGGAAAAAGAUUCCUUUCAAAAAAUGUUUAACCAGCAACACCUUGGUGGUGAUGUUGGUACACAAGAAUUAAGAAGAGUAAAUGAAGAAAUGAGAUUACGACUGCACUUAGGAAAAGAAAAAUACAAGGAAAAGUAUUUUGAGUGCCAGCACUUGCAGAUGGAACUUGAACAACUGAGAAAUGAAAAAAAACAAAAUAACAUGAAUAAUGUACAUGAAGGAGAGAAGACUGAGAUGGAAUAUGUUGCAGCACAUUUUGUUGAACAGAUGAAAGUACAACACAGUCAGGAGCUAGAUAAACUGAAGUCAGAAAAAGAAGUGUUGGAAAAGAAGUAUUCCGAAGCUCAAAACAAUUUGACCAAAUCUGAACAAGAGGUGUCAGACCUCUCGAAGGAUGUUGAGGGAAUGAAAGUUAAAACAAAGAAACUUGCUGAGCAUUAUGAAGGGAAGAUUAAGUUAAUGGUGGAAGAAAAUGGGGUGUUAAAGAAGCAAAGAGAUGCUGUAUUGGUAGGAGAUUCCAACAUAAAAUUAAUGACACAAGAAAAACCUGUUGAGCAAGAGACAUUGAAAUCGUGUGAUGCAAUCUACCAUCCUCCUUCUGGAGAGGAGAAGCGCGUAAUUCAUCAGCAGCCUGAUGCGUGGAACGAAAUCAUGUAUCCUCCCAGCUUAAAUGUUAUCAGUGGUAGAAAUAAGAAUGCUUGGCUUCCUGGUGCUGUUCCAACAAGUCACAUCAAAGCAAAAGAUAUAUCAGGAAAAUAUGACGCUCCACUAACGCAAGUAAUACCAAGACAUGAAAGCAGACAGACUGUCCUCACUGGGCGUGGUAAAACAGUCGAUUCAAGUUAUCAAAAACCAACGUAUCAAUGUCCAGUUUGUAACAUGGCAUUCCCGCCUGGUUUUUCUGAUGUGUCUGCUACUCAUCAUGUAAACAGUCACUUUAACGACAAAAAAUAAUUUUGUUCCAUUGUUAAUAUUAUUUUAUUGAUUUACAUUUUUUUUUUAUAAAAGUAAAUUUUUCCACUCAUAUUUUGGGAAGUCUUUUCUAAAAUAGUUCAAUGCAUUAACAACAAAACCAUCUAAAAAUUUGUAUUGGUAUAUAAUCAAGUUCUAGAACGAAAACUGCAUAAAACAUGUCAAUACUUCGCAUGAUAAUUUUCGAAGAAUUGCAAUUUCAGGGUUGUUUUCAAUCUUCUAAACACAGUUUUUAAAACACAAAUUUUUUGUUAGAGCAAUAUCAAGACUUGUUAUGAAUGCACGUUACUAUAAAAUAUUUUCUUAACAUUUAGCUGAUCAGAAAGAUGUUUGAAUGUGUUUGUGUUUAUUAAACACUAAUAUAGUUUUGUGGGUAAGACAUUUUUAGAUAAAGCAGGGUGCAGGGGGUGUGGCGAAAUGAAAAGAGUAAUUUUCGAACAUAUUUAAAUCUAUUUGAAAGAAAUUCAUGUUGUUUAUUAUCUAAUUAUAUACUUUAAAUGAUUAUCACUUAACAACAUGGCAAAAAAAUAAUUAAUAAUUGACCUUUUUUUUCUUCUGUUUUAUUGUUUAACAUAUUUUUCUGCCAUUUAUCCAUUUCUAACAGAUUUUAUGAGUUAAGAUUUUAUUACUUUUUCUGUUGAGUUUUUUUCCGCUUAUAUGAAAGUAAAAGGUCUUACUGUAAGUGUUGAUUGAAGAUCAUAUUUGUUAAAAGGAGGACAUUAUAAAAAAGGUUGUGAUAUUUUGCAUGUGUAUAGUUAUCCAUGUAUAAUAUCCAGUAAAAAAGACUCAACUGAUUUCGUUUUAACGAUAAAAUUUCAUUUUGACGAAGAAAUCUUUUCUGACAUGUUCUUAAGAUUAAGUUUGUUAUAAAAUCUUUAAGUUAGAUAAGCGGUAAUGUUGAUUUUUUCUCACUUGGUUCAUAGGACACGCUUUUUUAAUAAUCAACAUUAAUUUUUUUUGUGUGUGAUUCUUGUCACUAAAUUUUUUACUAAAAUGAAAUAUUGUAUUUCUUAAUACACCAUCUAAUUAAGCUUAAGCAUAAUAAAGUCAAUAUUCGCAAAAAUGUUUAAAUUUUGUUAGACUUCAAGUCCAGUUGUUGCUCAUUAAAAAUGCGUGUAGUCUUUUAGAUGCACUAUAAUAUGGUUUUAUUAGGUUAGAACAAGAUUACCAUUAAUGCCACAGCUCAAACGUUACACAUAAAUUACGCAUGUCAAUUCGCUCUUCUAAUUGGUUCAGAAUUUCCGCUACACAAAUUUGGAGAAUAAAUUGCUAUCUCCCCGAGAUUUCGAAGCAGAUAUAUUAAUGGGAAUCCGACUAGAGUCAUUAUACAUAGUUGCAUUGGAAUUAUUUUUUAAUUUUUUUUUAGUUGAUAGUAUUAUUAAUACAUAACUAAAUAAAAAAAAUCA